AUGGAUUCCAAAAGCGGAGUUACACACCUCGAGGUCGACCCGACCACGGCGCAUAAAUUGGGAAUCAGCCAGGAAGAUCAGGAGUUGCAGAUUGCACUUGCGAAUUAUGUGCCUGGGAGCGAUGCCGAGAAGAAGUUGUUGAGGAAGAUUGAUCUGAGACUCAUGCCGAUUCUGUGGAUCAUGUAUGUGUUGAACUACAUCGACCGCACGAACAUCGGAAAUGCGAAGAUUGCUGGGAUGGAAGAUGAUUUAAAUCUUGAUGAUUCAAAAUACGCAUGGGUCCUCAGUAUCUUCUUCUUCGGCUAUCUCAUCUGCGAAGUCCCCUCCAACAUGAUCCUAUCGCGCUCACGACCCUCCCUCUUUCUCCCCGGAAUCAUGUUGGUCUGGGGCGCUCUCUCAGCUGCAAUGGCUGCUUCGCACUCAUACGGCGCUUUACUUGCAUUCCGAUUCGUGCUCGGAUGUAUUGAAUCUGGUUUCUUCCCAGGUGUCCUGUUCCUUCUUUCCUGCUGGUACAAACCAGUCGAGAUGGGAAAGCGCUUUGCCAUUUUCUACAGCGCCGCUGUGCUCUCCGGAGCUUUCGGGGGCCUUCUUGCGGGUGGAAUUACGGGUGGACUUGCUGAUGCGCAUGGUAUUGCUGGAUGGCGAUGGCUCUUUAUUAUUGAAGGUGUGGCCACUGUCGGAGUUGCCAUGAUCGCCCCCUUCAUACUCCUCGAUUUCCCAGCUACCUCGCCCGCAUUGACUCUCGAAGAACGUCAACUCGCUACAGUCAGAAUUCUGUCUUCCGGUAUUGAGUCUGGAUCUACCGCCUCAACUCGGUUGAGCCACUGGCAAGCAUUCAAGGCAGCCGUCUGUGAUUACCGAACUUACCUCUUCAUGCUCCUAUUCGUCCUCGAUGUCGGAGCUGGAACGAUCUCGUAUUUCAUUCCAACUCUCACAAAGACUAUGGGGUACACGACUACCACUGCUCAAUAUAUGACUAUCCCAGUCUACGUUGUCGCAACCGUCAUCCUCAAUAUCAUGGCCUAUUCCGCAGAUCGAAACGACGAACGAAGAUAUCACAUUUCCGCCGCACUCGCCCUCGGAUUCAUCUGUUCCAUCGUCUGCGUCGCUGUCGACAACACAACAGUGCGAUACGUCAUGCUCUGUUUCGUAGCCGCCGGUAUCUGGACAGCUCUCCCAUUGAUCUUAGCCUGGACGAGUGCCACGAUCAACCUUCCAGCCGAAAAGCGAGCUAUCUGUUUAGCAAUGGUCAAUGCCGUUGGUAAUCUUUCAAGUGUUUACGGAAGCAGAAUAUGGCCAAGCACAGACGGUCCAAGAUAUACGAUUGGAUGGGCUGUUACUGCUGCGUUCUUGGGAGGUGGAAUGGUGGUUGCGCUUCUCAUUCCAGUUGUGUUGAAGAUGGUUCCUGUGAGAUUGACUGCUGCUGAGAGGGAUGCGGAGGAGAAGAGACAGGUUGCUAGAAUGCAGGCUAUGGGUGAGGAGAUGGAUAACAGGGGGUCGGUCCGCCAAACUCCCGCCGAAAAACGGCCCGAAAAUAGUCAGGGAGUUCGCAAUCGGCAGCCCGGUACUGCUGUGUACAGAGAGCGUGCAGAGCACGCCGGCGCCGGCAGUGAACAGCGCAGUACCGGUGCUGAUGAACGGCGCGAAGAGGCCUACGGCCGCGACGGCGAAGCCGACGGUGAGUUCGGUGAAGGUGACGCUGAGGAGGUAGGGGAGCAUGAGGAGACCCGAGCGCGUGGUUGUGGUGCCUUUGGCGGACUGGAAGUAGAAGGGGAGGUAGAAGGUGUGGGUGUUUACGCCGGCGGACAUGAGGAUGGCGACGAGGAGGGUGGAGAUUAG